AAGAUAGAUUAUUAUUAGAUCAGAAAUUUAAUUGGUGAUUGAUUUUUGUCAGAUGAAGAUCCAGCAGGACUUUCUUUAGCUAUUGGUUUGAAACGAAAAGGAUUUCAAAAUUUGAUUAUCUAUGAACGAGAAAAGGUACGACAUCAAGGUUGGUCAAUUUCAUUGUUUUCUCCGAAUGGUGGUUUAGCAUUUAUUGAAUAUCUUGGUCUUUUACCUGAAUUAUCCGCUAUUUCUUUUCAACCUAGUUUUCGUGCAUUAGAUGGUGAAACAGGCAAAACACUUCUUUACAAAGCUGGAAAUGAGAAUGGUAGACGAUUCAAACGAGGUGAUCUACGAGAUGCAGUUUAUCAAGUUUGUUUAACAGAGGGUACAUCUUUUAUUUUUUGA